GCCGAGGAGUCGGCCGAGAGCAAGGAGUCGGCGGUGGGCAAGGGCCUGGGCAUCAAGGAGACGCCCGACGCCAAGGGCGCCGCCGCGGCGCCGGCGGAGCACGAGGCGAAGCUGAAGGAGAAGGACGCAAAGAUCAAGGAGCUGCAGCAGGACCAGGUGCUGUACGCCAAGGCGGACCUGCAGAAUAUCCAGCGGCGCUCGAGCGAAGAGAAGACGCAGGCGUCGGACUUUGCCAUCACCAAGUUUGCGCGCGACCUGACGGCGUCGCUGGACGUGCUGCAGCUGGCGCUCAAGAGCGUGCCCGAGGCGCUGCGCCAGGCGCCCAAGGAGCUGCCGUCGGAGGACCCGCGGCGCGCCGUGGCGGAGCUGUACGACGGCGUGGAGCUGACGAGCAAGAGCAUCCGCGACAUGCUCGCCCGCCACGGCGUCACGACGUACGACCCCACGGGCGAGAAGUUCGACCCGGUGCUGCACGAGGCGCUCUACCAGGCGCCCGUGCCGGGCAAGGAGCCGGGCAGCGUGCUCGAGUGUUCCAAGCUCGGCUUCAUGAUCAAGGGCCGCGUGCUGCGUGCGGCGCAGGUCGGCGUGGUGCAG